GAGAAGCCAGUGCACAGAUUGAACCUCGGAAAACCCGAAUCUGCAGUCUAAAGAUGAGAAGCUUCGCCCUCUCUGUCUGGGCCGCCCUGUGGGUGCUGGCCCCUCAUUGCUCGGGACGUUCCGCGGUCACCGAGAAACGCAUCCGAGACGCACGCCUGCUGGCCAAGACCACGAUCGCCCGCAUUCAGCUGCUCAACCUCCGGUUCAAACUCUCACCAAGCAUAGAAAUCACUGGACUUGAUUUGAUUCCGGCACCACUCAGAGACAUUACUCAGGAGAACCUGGGGACUGUGCAUGGGGCACUGGACUGUCUUGGUGAGAGCCUCUCCACUCUCCGGAUAAGCAACACUGUGCAGAUCCAAACUGAUUUGAAGAGCCUCAAAGUGCUGGUCAGAUCAUUGGCAACUUCGCACGGCUGCCCUGCCUCCAGGUGUGCAGCAUCUCAACAACUGAGGAAUUUUCUGCAGCAGUACUCUGCCUUUAUUCACACCAUCAGACCUGUUGUUCUGGACAGGCUCCGAAACUACCUCAGCAGGCUGCUCGUGGUAUUGAGCAACCCUUUGAGUUGCAAUGGUCCAGCCUUGAAAAGGUCUUCAGGGAGCCAACGAGAUGGUCCCUUUAGCUUCCAGCUGAGGUUGUCACCGUGCAAAUGCCAGACUUAGCCAAUCCAAUUCAGGCAGACAGGAUUCAGAAAAGAUCAUGGAUUCCAGCAACAGGAACCACCUCUCACCAACUGCAACAGAACGAUGAUCCACCACGUGGAAAACAGUCCAAGCAUGUCCUGACCUUUCAAAGACAAACCAACUGCAGCCAGACGUUGACCUAUUAGUUGACUCUAGAUGAUAUCAGUUGCUAUCAACCAUGAAUUUAAUUUGGCAGUUCCUCCUCAAUAAACAGU